AGCGUAUAUUCUGCGGAGGGCCGUCGAUUAGAAAGGCCGAGGAAGAUGAUGCAUGAUGGAGCCGCUGUGAAUACAUCAUGUUAGAUAAGAUGGAAUGUUUUCAUCUCAUCCACGUUGUCAUGGUGAUUUGCGGGAUGCUGUUUGGUAUGACGAGUGGAGAGUGUGAUUCUGGGAUGCACGAGAUAGCAGGGUCAUGUUACUCCUUUGACAACUCCAUACAGAAGACAGCGUACGGAGCUGAGAUGGAGUGCCCGGUCAUCGGUGCCGGUCGCUAUCUAGCUUCGUUUGGUUCUCAGUCGGAGUUGGAUACAGUUUAUAAUUACUUUAGUUCACGGGUUGGUGUAACUUCAGCACUGGCUAUAUGGGCUAAGAACGCAUUUAACGGAGUACCUUCGAGCGAUUGCGAAAUCAUCGUCUAUGGCUCAAUGCUUCAAAGUGAGGACUGCUCGAUAUCACAUCGAUUCUUAUGCGAGGCCGAUAUGGAGGUAUCCACAACUGCAGUCACCGAAGCCAUGACCACUUACCAAAUGUCGAGCACUUCAUCAACAUUGAUUGCCCCGACGACUGCAGUGGCUGUAGUUACAACAGAACCUCUUACCACUACGAGCCAAUAUACUACCACAUCAUCCACCACACCGGCAACAUCUGGGACUACGAUAUCAACUUCCACUAAUCCUACAACAAUCUUUAGCACCUCCCCCAGUUCAUCAACAUUGAUUGCCCCGACGACUGCAAUCGCUGUGGUUACAACAGAACCUCAUACCACUACACGCCAAUAUACUACCACAUCAUCUACCACACCGGCAACAUCUGUGACCACUACAUCAACUUCCACUGAUCCUACAACAAUCUUUAGCACCUCUCUCAGUUCAUCAACAUUGAUUGCCCCGACGACUGCAGUGGCUGUAGUUACAACAGAACCUCAUACCACUAUACGCCAAUAUACUACCACAUCAUCCACCACACCGGCAACAUCUGUGACCACGACAUCAACUUCCACUGAUCCUACAACAAUCUUGAGCACCUCUCCAAGUGCAUUGACUACACGAAAGUCCUCCCACUACGAGCCAACGCAUACCUGCCACUCCAACAUUGACGUCAUCUAUGACGUCAUCAACAUCUGCAACAGCAACAACCAGAAACAGAGAGCACUCGUUUACAUUAGCCAGUGCUGGCCGGUCGCUGCCGGAACCUAG